UUAUUUUUAUUCAGUGAAAAUAGUAGUUCAAAGGGAAAACCAAACUUCUUUAAAAUUGUUUAUUAUAUUUUAAUAGCACAAUAAAAGCAAAAGUAAUUGAGCUUUAACAAGUGAGAUGAGUUUGCAAAUGGAGAGUCCAUUAACGGACAGCAAAAUGGAUAUAUCAGAUGCAACAACUUCACAAGGCUCAGCAGGUGUAUCGCCACUGGGAGAAGAUGAUGAUCCUGAUGCCUCACAAUCGCCAACUCACAGCAAUCACAAUAUACACCAAGUACUCAUAAAAGAUACAACUGUUGUAUCGAAUAGCACAAUGAAGGAGGUGAAUGUUGAUAUGGUAAAUAAAGUUACAUCGAAUCUGGAUAACAGAUUGGUACGACCAGACGCGUUAUCGUUGGAGCUAAUACCACAGCGACAAAAUAUUGCACGUACCAUUACCGAGAGUCAUCCAUUAAUGUCGCCCACGUGUUCCGAGAAUGAACACAGCUCGGCGAAUUCGGUGACGAUGAAUAAUGAUGUCAAGCGCAUCAAUUUCCCCGAUGUGGUGCCGCAAUACGAACAUGUGCAGUCGCCUCUUCAGGCUAGUACAAUAAUUGAACGAAAUGCUUUAAAUAAUACACGCGGUAUUGCUAACGCACCUGCUCCAGCGCACAAUAAGCUAGCUUAUUUACGUGCCCAUAGUCCUGAUCUCUUGAGUAGCGAAUCUGAAGCAGACGUAUCACAGUAUCACGCUACAGUUGAGGCCAACUUUCAAACGGUGGCACUCUUACCCACUGUGGGUAAUGAAUUGCAUAAAAAUACUCGUCGUAUUAGAAAAUCCAAUACAAAUGGUGGUAAUGGUGGUGAUGACAUCUCAUCACUGGAUUCAAUUUCAAAUCACAGUUUUGACGAUGAUGAGGACAUUGAACAUAAUUUGGCUUCAUUAAGCCCAUCGAGUUCAUUAAUUGACGGUUUAGAUGAUGAUAGUGACGAUGGCGGCGUCGCCGGUUGUAUAGAUGAUGAAGACGAUUAUCCCGAAGCAGUUACCCCAACACCACAUUUGCAAUCGAUGGCGUUAACGAGCAACAUAGAAGGUGCAUCCGACCAAUUGCCGCAAUAUUCGGCAGCUGAAGAGAGACGUGACUCAAGAAAUUGGCAAAAGAUUACAUUACCCGAUGGUCGUACCAGAGAAAUAGAUAUGCGCGUGAUCGAACCAUAUAAACGUGUGCUCUCACAUGGUGGUUACUUGCAGGCUGGCGGCCACAAUGCUAUUGUCAUUUUUUGUGCCUGUCAUCUGCCGGAUCGUUCGCGUGCUGAUUAUAACUACGUAAUGGAUAAUCUAUUUCUGUAUGUGGUUAAAACAUUGGAACAAUUAGUAACGGAGGACUAUGUGCUUAUCUACUUGCAUGGUGGCACUAGUCGACGCAAUGUGCCGCCAUUUCCGUGGUUAAAAAAAUGCUAUCAGCUUCUAGAUCGCCGUUUAAGAAAAAGUCUGAAAAACAUGUAUUUAGUACAUCCAACAUUCUGGAUUAAAUCUAUAGUAUGGAUGACUCGUCCCUUUGUUAGCGCAAAGUUCUGGCGCAAAUUGGUGUAUGUGAAAUCUUUGGAUGAACUCGCCAAGCACGUGAUUGUGGAGAAAGCUGCCAUACCGGAGAAGGUCAAACAGUAUGAUGCGCGACAUAACUAAAAAAAGUGCUUACACUUGGCUUGCAUUCCCGCCAAAGCUAUGUACUUGGCUGGCAAAUCACAAUUAGUGCAAUAGGCAAAAAAUUCAAAAGCAGAAAAAGAACACAGCGAAGUUUCUACGCACCUCUUGCAUUAGUUGAUGCAUUCCUUAUGCGCCUUUUUAAAUAUUUUAAAUUUAUGUUCCAUUUAUCUGUAUCUGGCAUACAGUUUUUAUAAUUUAUAUUUACGCACUUCUCGCGCUAUGAACUAAAACUCUUUCACUCCAUUACUCGCAUAUCGCAUACAGCGAUGGGUUUUUCCUUUAAUUGUUUUCUUGUAAAGUUCGGGAUCUCAAAUUUGUUUAGUAUGUAGUAUUGUGAUAUUUUCGCAUUUAUUCGCUUGGCUCUCCUCAUUUCACAUACUUUAGAGAUGAUACUCUCAUAAAUGAAAAGCAAUAAUUAUUGCACUCGGUAGGAUAGUAUAAAUUGUAUGUGUAUGUAUAUGUAAGUGUAUCAACUCGUUUACAAAGGCUUAUGUUAAUAUUCUAUAAAAAAAUGUGUUUACCGUUAAGGAGAAAUGAAAGAUUUAACUACACGAAAGAAAUUAUUCAUAAUUAAUCAUAUAUGUAGGUAAAAAAAUAUGUACAUCGAAUAUUUUGUAGACUUGUAUGUAACUGUACUGAACAAAAAGAAAGCACCCAAAGUCCGUGCAACGAUAAUUUGUUUUGGUGCCAAGCUGUACGAUGGAAAGCCGGCUGAAAGUUAUUGUGUAUGUACCUUGUGGUUUUUGGUUUUUGUAGCAUAAAUAAUGUAAAUCAUACCAAUAUGUAACAUUUUACAUAUGCACGUCCAAUGAUGUGCUAACGCUUAUGUAUUUCCAUAUAUAUAAUAUAUGCAUUGAUUUGUUAUCAUGCUUUUCCUACAUACCUACAUAUCGUACGCUAAUUACAAAGAUGUCAAAAAAGUUAUAGAAAAAGCUAAUAAUGGAUACAUGAAUGUUAAUAAAUUAUUAGUGUACUUUCUGCACUAACAUUUAAGUUCGAAAA